GUAGAGCCUUGCAACUUCAGCGUGCAUUUCGUCUGCAGACCCUUCAGAGGCAGCGGUUCCGAGCCGCACUUUGAUGUAGACCUGGACAUCCAGGAGCUGUCGACUCUCCUAGACAUGACGCAGCUGAAGGGUUUGGCUGCCAUCAUUGGCUACAUCCAGCGAUGGGUUCGGCACGACAACCUCUUCCAAUGGAAGCCGCCCCCAGAAUCCUACAGGCAAUCUGCUGACAUCGGCGGCUGUGGCCUAUCCAAGGGGCGGCUUCUGUGGGCGUAUGCGCUGAAGCUCGUGCUUCUCAGCAUCCACCCGCGGUACCAUUGGACAUCGCUGAGCUGGAUGCAGAUACGCCGGGCAGCAUCACUGCGUCAAGCUCUUUUCGAGGCCUUGUCGACUAGGGGCCCUGUGGAUCAAAGCCGCAUCGACGUCCUCCAAGUGUCGAUGCCUUUGUUGGAGUGCCUCGCCAUCCGGAGGGAGGCUUACAUUGAGCUGGCCACAAGGAAGCAGAAAGAGUCCUACUUUGUGAAGAAGCGGUGUUGCGGCUGCUCACGACGGAGCACCACGGAUCCUUCGGACGCCUUGGGUGAGGGCGUGGACGAUGAAGAGGACUUCGAAGGUCUCGACCUCGAUGAGUCUUCCGAUGAGUCUGAGGAGGAACUGGUGGACGGAGGAGAUGGUGGCGAUUCUCAAACAAUGACCAUGAUACGAAAGCCAGAAGUGUCUAUUUCCUUGCGGGACGCCGUGUCGCAU